GCGGAUAUGGAGGACUCAGAGAGAAUUUCAAGAGGGACUAGUUUGCCAGCACCACUGCCGUGACCACCCCUCGCUCAGCGGCAAAGAGGCGAAAAAUAACCCGGAGAGAUGCGGCUUGCCAGCGUAUUGGUUUCAUGAUAUGCGUUCACUUUUCGAGAUGGUUCGAGCCAAUCUGCCAACCCUCUCCCUCAAGCACAGGGAGUCAAGCCCGGAGAAUUCAGUGAGCGAGAGCCGGGGGCGCCUGUUAACGGCAUUUGAGCUUAUUCUGGAGCUAUUAGAAUCAACGAAUAGCGAUGUCCGGGAUGAGAUGGCCGAUAUCGGUGAGGACAUACCCCAGGCCAGGCGGUUCUCCAUGAAUGUGGACGCCAUUCGAGACAUCGCCGGAUCAGGAUGGUAUUCCAUCCUGCUGAGCGUGCUCCAAUGCGCAACGAACCCCGCGGCUGCAAGCGAGGUCCGACUCGCUGCAUCCAUCCUCGCACGGGUCGUUUCUGGCCUUGCUGUGCUCCCUUGGCAGCCCUGGCGAGACCAGAGAGAUGCUGAUCAGCAGAGCACUGUUUUCACUCCCUUGGCAGGUGAACUGGUCAAGGAACUGGUCCGUCUAGUGGAUCUGUGUGCCGGCCACCACGGCACCAGGGCCAGCACAGUGCGUAGCGAGGAGGAGAGAGGGCAAUUGGGCGGGGAAGAGGAUGGGAAGGAGGAGGAAGGGAAGGUCCAUCUCCAGGAAACGGCCCUUUCCGCAGUGUGCUCCUUCGCACAAUCUGCUAGCGAGAUGCAUGCGCACAUCGCCUGGGUGGCCAAGGAGCCAGUCGUACCCAGUAGCAGAUUUUGUAAUGCGUUCUCCACUCUCGGGCCCGGGGAUUGGCCGCUGGAGACGCCCAUACCGAGCUUUGACGAACAGGAGGCCCGGGACUUCAUUGCAAGUGUAGUGGCAGAGUUGAACUGCCCCCGAACUGAGAGGCUGCUCCUGGAGUUUUUGGAGGUCGGCAGGUUGAAGCAAUCGUUCCAGAGGCUCGUGGCGGACUCCAUCAGGAUCUUCGCCUACCUGUUGUGCCCGAGGAUGGUCUACUGGCAUCGGUUCGAGAUGAGACUGCAGGACUUCCCCGAGUCUCUGUUGUGCUCGAUGGAUAAGCUCCAAGACCCCUCCAGGGUAGAGGCUGCUCUGACGGGGCUGAUUCGUCACUGCCGCGAAAAUCCAGACGAAGCAUGCCUCUCGGCUUUCUCCAAACUCCACUUGUCCAAGAUCCUCAUCUGUCAGAACAUCAGAGACAUGGAUUGCGAAGUUGCAGAGCUUCUCAUUCAGUGUCUCAAGUACUGCGUUCAAGUGCGCGGCAGGAGAGAGAUUGACUGGUUCACCUGUGAGGUACUGGACACACUGCGCGACCUUCUCGCCACCUCGUCACCGUCGCACAAGCCAAGCAUCUGUCACACAAUCGCCAGCCCUGCGAGCCACGGUUGGGAAUCGCUUGUCAAAAUGCAAGAUCUCGCCGGGGAUCGGUUUGAUUUCCGGCGUUGCAAUGCAUCUGCAGUGGGACUCGCGGCGGAUGUACUGGAAAACUUGCCCGACAAGCCCGACAGUGUGAACCUCAUCGGUACCCUAAGAGGCGACGCGUUUCUGAAUCCGUGCAAACAAAAUUUGGUAAGUUGCUCGAGGAGACACUUUCCCGCCUCCUGCUUGCUGCCAGCAUACCCUCAUCAGUCCAACCAUUCAGGCGUGCGAGAACAUGGUGGUUUUCCCGCCGGGUACAGCCCGAUCAUAGAUGCGCCGGGCCACACAGAGCGCUUUCCCCCUCUCAGCGAUAUGUUUCGACAGCCCUACAGUAGGGUCUCAGCAGCGCAGUUCAAACUCCGUGUCCCAAGGGCUAACGAGCGGGAAGGGCGCUGUCGUCUAGCAGUUGGGCGGCGGUUUGAUUUUGUCCUUCGCUCGCAAGGGUCGGGUAUGUCCAUUGUCCACUGGGUUUGGCAAUAUGGUGGAGCAAGAGGGAGAAGAGGAGAGCUAGGGAGCGGCAAUGCUUCUAUUUUGGCGCAGAGCUGAAGGCGGGAGAUGUACAGGGUCGAGAAGUCGUCGGAAUCUCAUGCCACCGUUGGGCACCGGAGAAGUUGCUCAUCGC